CCGGGAAAUUCUUGAGGUGCGAGAGCUGCGCCGAGUGCGAAUGCCCCUUCCCAAUUCGGGAAGGUGGGGGGCAUUCACAUGUUGUUGAAUGCCUGAGGCUCUGCUGGCCACGUAAGGGACGGGGACGUCAGGCAUUGUCCAUCAAGACAUCAAUCGUCAUAACCUCAAGAUCCUCCAUCUAUCUGUAAAUCUCCUCAAAUCCACCGCAGCUCUCUCUUCGCCUUGUCAUCACCGCUGGAGCUGUCCAUAUCCCAAUCACUCGUGCGUGCUCUCUGUUUCCAUCGACAUCUCCCUCGCCACUUCCAACCCAAUGACGAUCAGACGAACGAAACAACAACAAAUCUCCCUCGGCUACUGUGAUACACGUACGGGCCAGCGUGUCUAUCCCCCACCACCCGAGGAUCAGAUGUCGGACCUCUUGCCGGAACAAUUACCACCGGAUCAGGAAGAUUCCGCCUCUCAGGCACCUGGUUCCAUGGACAUCAAGGCAACCUGUACUCCAUCUCUGGGACAAGCGACCAUCAUUGCUCGCGACCGGCAUUCCAUUCGCUUUACCGUCUUGCUCGAACAAUCCUCACAUUCAAGCUUGCAGGGCCAGCCACAAUUGUCCAUCUGGCACAAUCACAACGGCCAGCAUGAGUGGCAAGACCUGGAGUUGAAGCCCACUGCACCACACGAUCCAGUCAUGCUCGCCAGCCAUCUGAAUGCAAACCGUGUCAAACAAACAUGGUUUACCGGCGAGCUGUAUGGUCUCCCCAAGCAUGGGCACGCCGUCUCUUUCACCUUGAAGUGGCGAGUGGGAUCUCACGGAAAUUGGAGCUGGAUCAAGGACGGCACAGGCGUCGAUGACGGCCUUCUACUAUACCAAUCCUGCUCUUCGGUCGACAGCAAGAAGCACGGCUCAUACAAACUGUCACACUUUUUCGAGGACAUAAGUCCGGAUAUUGGAGUCUCCACUGAAGAACCAGAGACUUCCCACACCCUCCUCUACUCUCUCACCUGCCCCGUCUCGCCAGCCAAAGACGUGGACUCAGGCUACUCCCACCAUCGACUCGGCUUGCCAAAGGACUGCGUGCGCUGGUUUGCUCUCGUACGCUUGUGGUCGCCGUGGCUUGCGCCCCGUCACGGCAAAGGCGAUCGCUUUGAGCUGGACAAGGAAGGCAUCUUGCUCUCCUUCCUUCGCUCCGACGGCAUGCAUGUCGUUUGUCUUGCUAUCAGUGGCAUCCAGGACGUCCUGACCACCUUCAUUCACGGCAAUGGGAAUGUGGAAAUUAAGGGCCGCAACGACAGCAAAGACGCGGGAACGAGUCAAGUGCUUGUUGCAGUCGCAGAGAGUUUUGAGACCGCCAACGCGGCAGUAAUGUAUCAUGCUCGAAGGCUCGUGGCCAAGACACACUCGCAAUCACCAAGUGCCCAAGGCAUCUCGACCCUCACAGACUCUCACGUCAAACCCGAAUGGUUACAGGAAUGGUACGAGGGACUGACCUAUUGCACCUGGAACGGCUUAGGGCAGAACCUUACUGCGCAGAAGAUCCUCGACGCGGUCGACGAUCUGCACAAGAACAAUCUGAAGAUCACAAACCUCAUCAUCGAUGACAACUGGCAGAGUCUCUCGUCUGGGGACUCGCAGUUCAAGCGCGGCUGGAGCGAAUUCGAGGCCAAUCCUUCCGGCUUCCCCGAAGGACUGGGCAAGCUGACGAAAGACAUCCGGACGAAGUAUCCGAACGUCCAACAUAUCGCGGUCUGGCAUGCCAUACUAGGCUAUUGGGGCGGAAUCGAUCCACAGGGCAAGAUUGCAGAGGAAUACAAGACGAUCGAGGUAGAGAAGGAGCCUGGCGUAGCUGGGGGCACAUUUACUGUUGUUGCCGCAGAGGACGCGGAGCGACUCUACGACGAUUUCUACGCCUUUCUGGCCAAGAACGGCAUUGACGCCGUGAAAACCGAUGCGCAAUUCUUCCUCGACAUGCUCCUCCAUGCUCCCGACAGAAGGAAGCUGAUUACCGAGUACCAAGACGCCUGGACCAUUGCUCACUUGCGGCACUUCAGCUCCAGGGCUAUUAGCUGCAUGUCUCAGUUCCCCCAAGCAAUCUUCCACAGCCAGCUUCCGCAGAACAAACCCACUCUGCUGCUUCGGAACUCCGACGACUUCUUCCCGGGGGUGGAGGCAAGCCAUGCCUGGCACAUCUUCUGCAACGCUCAUAACAGCCUGCUCACGCAACAUCUCAACGCCCUGCCGGACUGGGACAUGUUCCAAACAUCGCACGAUUGGGCGGCCUUCCACGCAGCGGCGAGGUGCGUUAGCGGCGGCCCCAUCUACUUCACCGACAAGCCUGGCGAGCACGACUUGGAGCUGAUUGGGCAGAUGUGUGCUCAGACGGUGCAGGACAAGACUGUCAUUCUCCGACCGAGUCGAGUGGGCAAAACCGUGGAGCCGUACAAUCCGUACGAUGCCCAAAAGUUAUUGAAGGUCGGGACGUACGUUGGCAUGAGCGAGGUCGGAAGUGGGAUUCUUGGCGUCUUCAACGUCGGGAAGAGCAAUCUAACGGAGUUUGUGAGGUUGGACGAGUUCCCUGGAACAGAGAAAGGCGAGUACGUUGUCGGGUCUUUCCGGUUGCAAGAAGUGAGCGGACCUAUGCAUAGAGGAGACGAAAAGGCUUUUGUGGGGUUGGAGAUGGGCACCCGAGGCUGGGACAUUCUCACGGCCUACCCGGCGCCAUCCUUCCACCUCUCUUCCUCUCGCCAGCCAGUGAGGGCAGCAGUCAUGGGCCUCCUGGGCAAGAUGACUGGUGCUGCGGCAGUCUCAUCGGCGAAGGCACGCGUCGAACCGAACGGUCGAUUGCGAGUCUCCGUUUCGCUGAAAGCUCUCGGAGUUCUGGGAUUGUGGCUCAGCGACCUCGAUCAGAGGACUGUAUUGGACGACUUCAUGGUCACGAUGGAUGGGAACCCGAUUUCGGUGGAGUGUGUGACCAAGAGCAACUCGAUUGUGACGACUAGUGGCAAGGGGGGAGUGCUCGAGAUUGACGUCACGAAGGCGUGGAAGGACAGUGGAAAGGAGGCAGGGUGGUCAAAUGAAGUGGAAGUGGAGAUUUUCGUGAGUCGGUGAGAGGUGGGAAGAAAUCAAAAUGACUUACGA